AUGAAGAAUGAGAUUACGCCAAAUCUAUAUAAGGUUUUGAGAAGGUACAUUCAAUUGGAUAAGACGGAAGGAUACACAAGGGUCAAACAAAGAAUAUGUAUCGUGAUGAAAGUGGAUGUUUAUGUUUUUGGAGAAGCUGUUGGAUGUAUGUUGAGAGGGGAUUUGAUUUUAAAUUUAGCAAGGGAUACGAAUGUAAGAAAAUUAGAAAUGAAAUUUAUUGGUAAAACCAACACUCGUUGGAAUGAUGAUAAAAAAACCGUUUCCGAAGAGCGAGAGAUCAUUUCUCACACAUGGAAUUUUAUUGAAUCUUCAAAGAAAUCAAGAGAAAUCAAUACUAACGUAAUAAAUCCAUCUCGAUCUCGAUUCAAAUUACUCGUUCAGACGACAAACGCGGAAUUAGGGAAGGUGCAAUAUUAUCUAACGGCCAAAGCUUACAGGUCAAGAUUAUCAUCCAAGAUUCGAUUACAACAGCAAGUUGAAAUUUUACGUACGCUUCCUGAUCACAUCAAUUCUCAAGGGAUUGGAUUUGCAAGGGAAUUUAAUGAUAUGUUAUCUUAUGAGGUUAACAUUCCAAAGAAGGCUUAUCCAUUAGGGCAACAAAUUCCAAUCGAGAUGAAAAUUUGUCCGCAUGUGAAAAAUUUAAAAGUUACGGGGGUGGACGUACAAUUAUUUGAAAAAACAACUUAUACAUCAUGUGGUCAAAAGAUUACGGAUUCUCGCAUAGCCACAUUUCAAUCUUUAGAUUCAUUUGGAGAGAAUCGAUUAAUUGAAGAUGAAGAAGAAGGGGAUAUUGGAAAUAUUGUGUAUCAACAAAUAAUGAAUUUAAAUUUGCCAAUUUGUUCACGACCUGUUCAUUAUUCUUGCGCUACGCCGUUGAUCAGCGUAGCUCAUGACUUGAAAUUUAGUUUUCAAAUUUCUUUACCACAUAAAAAAGCGGAAUUAAAAAUAAGUGUACCUAUAACUAUAUUAUCUUGUAAAGCUAUAAAUGAUUAUAUUACUUUACCAAGUUAUGAAGAUGAUAGUUUUUAUUGCCCUUGUCAUCCAGAAUAUUUAAGGAUGGCAAAACUAAUUUUGGGGGAGAACGAAGGAAGUAGAACUUACGAGAACAACUGUCACGAUGGAAGACAUAAUCUUUUAAAUGUGCAAAGGAAUCAUUAUCACAGAGCUCCUCCAAGUUAUGAAGAUUCUGUUUCUGAACAAUAA